UCGGAUCCUCUCUUAUUGCCACUGAUUUGGGCUUCUUCUCCUUAGGCUGGAGGAAGGAGCUGCUUGGCACUUCUGCCAGCGUUCCCACCGCCGCUGCCAGCCGCUUGGAUCAGCGCAGGCAGAGGCGGCGUCCCAUAGCCGAGGGGCUUUAGGACUGCAAGCCCCCGCCGCGUUUGCAGGGCGCACGAGGCGUCAGUGCUAUAGACAGGCGCCCUGCUGAGCUUUUCCCUAGGAGAGUUGAGAACCGGCUUAGGAGAAGAAAGCGGCGAGGAUUUCCGCGCGCUUCGUCCAUCUGUUCCGCGGGAGGAUUUAAGAUCUGAGAGGAAUUGCGUGGAGAGAUUGGAUAAUCUUGUUCCCUUUCUUCAGACCUCCUGUAUCCGAAGAUGGCCUGGGGUCUACUUUUGCACUGUGCAGCCCUCACAGUCGCCCUUGGCAGGGCUUUGAAGAGUGAUCGAUGUGGUGAAAACAUAAAAAUUUUAGAGCCUGGAUAUCUCACCUCUCCUGGCUACCCUAAUAGUUACCAUCCAAGUCAAAAAUGUGAAUGGUUGAUUCAAGCUGCUCAGCCUCACCAGAGGAUUAUGAUCAAUUUCAACCCACACUUUGAUUUAGAGGACAGAGAAUGCAAGUACGAUUAUGUUGAAGUGAUUGAUGGAGACAAUGCAAAUGGGCGAGUGUGGGGAAAGUUUUGUGGCAAAAUUGCUCCCCCACCUGUGAUAUCUACAGGACCAUACCUCUUAAUCAAGUUUGUCUCUGAUUAUGAAACUCAUGGAGCAGGCUUCUCCAUUCGCUAUGAAAUUUUUAAAAGAGGACCAGAAUGCUCCAGAAACUUCACAUCUAUGUCUGGUAUGAUCAAAUCACCUGGAUUCCCUGAAAAAUAUCCCAACAGCCUUGAAUGUACUUACAUUAUCUUUGCACCAAAGAUGUCAGAGAUUAUCCUGGAAUUUGAAAGCUUUGAACUGGAACCAGAUACAAAUCCUCCAGGAGGCGCAUUCUGCCGUUAUGAUCGUUUGGAAGUCUGGGAGGGUUUCCCAGAAGUUGGUCCUCACAUUGGGCGAUACUGUGGACAAAACACACCUGGUCGUGUCCUCUCAUCAACUGGCAUUCUUUCCAUGGUUUUCUAUACCGACAGUGCAAUAGCAAAAGAAGGUUUCUCUGCAAACUACACUGUGGUCCACAACAAUGUUCCAGAAGACUUCCAGUGCAUGGAACCACUUGGAAUGGAAUCUGGUGAAAUUCAUUCUGACCAGAUUACUGCCUCUUCCCAAUAUAACCCCCAGUGGUCAUCUGAAAGGUCCCGUUUAAAUUAUCCUGAAAAUGGAUGGACGCCUGAAAUUGAUUCUACUAGAGAAUGGAUACAGGUAGACAUAGGCGUUCUCCGCUUUGUAUCUGCCAUUGGGACUCAAGGCGCCAUCUCCAAAGAAACUAAAAAAAUGUAUUUUCUGAAAACAUACCGAGUGGAUAUCAGUUCCAAUGGAGAAGAUUGGAUAUCUAUUAAAGAUGGAAACAAUAAACCUUUGUUAUUUAUGGGGAACACCAACCCAACCGAGGUUGCUUAUAGAUCUUUUCCCAAGCCAGUUCUGACACGUUUUAUUCGAAUCAAGCCUGUAAACUGGGAAACUGGAAUAUCACUGAGAUUUGAAAUCUAUGGCUGUAAAAUUACUGAUUAUCCUUGCUCUGGCAUGCUGGGUAUGGUGUCCGGACUCAUCACUGACACUCAGAUUACAGCAUCAAAUGAACUGGAUCGGAAUUGGCUUCCAGAAAAUGUCCGUCUUAUAACAAGCCGUAUAGGAUGGGCACUGCCACCCCCGGUUGGUCAUACAUAUACAAAAGAAUGGCUUCAAAUAGACCUUGGUGAAGAAAAGAUAGUCCAGGGCAUAAUUGUCCAAGGAGGUAAACACAGAGAAAACAAGGUCUUCAUGAGAAAAUUUAAAAUUGAAUAUAGCUACAAUGGAUCAGACUGGAAAUGGAUUAUGGAUGCCAGCAAAAAGAAAGCCAAGAUUUUUGAAGGCAACACCAACUAUGAUACUCCUGAACUUCGCACUUUUGACCCGUUGACAACCAGAUUUAUCCGUGUUUAUCCAGAAAGAGCCACACAUGCUGGAUUGGGACUAAGGUUGGAACUGCUUGGUUGUGAAAUAGAAGUCCCUACUUCAGUCCCAACCACUGCUGAUACCAGUCCUGUGGAUGAGUGUGAUGAUGACCAAGCUAACUGCUACAGUGGAACAGGGAGUACCACAGCUACGAUUACAGAAAAACCAGUCCCAACUGAUACUACAGUUCAGCCAGCCAUCCAUUAUUCCAUUACUGAAGAACUUCCAGCAUAUGGUUUCAACUGUGGAUUUGGCUACAGUUCUCAAAAGACAAUUUGUCGCUGGGAACAUGAUGCCCAGCUGGACUUGAGAUGGGCAGUACUCACCAGCAAAACAGGGCCCAUUCAGGACCACACAGGAGAUGGCAAUUUUAUUUAUUCCCAAGCUGAUGAAAACCAGAAAGGCAAAAUUGUCCGCCUCAUCAGCCCUAUCAUCAACCUGCAAAAUUAUGCCCUUUGCAUGACUUUCUGGUAUCAUAUGUCGGGCCCUCACGUCGGCACACUAAGAAUCAAACUGCGGUACCAGAUCCCUAAAGAAUACGAUCGGGUCUUAUGGACACUAAGUGGAAAUCAGGGAAACUGCUGGAAGGAAGGCCGGGUUUUUCUCCACAAAUCUGUGAAACAUUAUCAGGUAAUGGUGGAAGGAGAAAUUGGAAAGGGAAAUGGAGGAAUUGCAGUUGAUGAUAUUAACUUUGACAGCCACCUAACCCAGGAAGAAUGCCGAAAAUCAAAUGAUGCAGGGAAUGAAAUAGUUGAAGUAGAGCCAGAUAUUAAUCAAACAGGAUUUACUCCUGGUUACCGUGAAAAUGGGGAGCCUUAUAAUGACAACAUCUCCCGAAAGCCAGGCAAUGUGCUGAAAACACUUGACCCUAUUCUUAUCACCAUCAUCGCUAUGAGUGCCCUGGGUGUGCUGCUGGGUGCCAUCUGUGGGGUCAUUCUGUACUGCGCCUGUUGGCACAAUGGGAUGUCCGAUAGAAACUUAUCUGCACUGGAGAACUACAAUUUCGAACUUGUGGAUGGUGUCAAACUAAAAAAGGAUAAACAACACACAGAAUACGUAUUCAGAAGCAUGAGGCUGAAAACUGCGUUGAAGACGCUGAGCCAAGCUUUUCUCAGGAGCUUCAGUGGGUGUACCAGAUAUUCUAAGACAUGGACAACAAUCUGUGUUAAACAAUCUGAAUCAUUAAGCCAUGAAGUAAGUCUUUUAAUUCUGUCCAAGAUGUUCAUAUAAAUCGAUGGCAAUGAGAAUUUGUUGUUGAUGUUGAAGAGCAAAGAGUGUUUUUCCCAUCCAUAUCCUAGCUAUCCAGUUUAAGGGUAAUUGUUUCUGUGCAGGACUCAUUCAUGCUAAUGUAGAGGCAUACUAAUAUUGCUACAAGUAGUAAUGCAUUGACUUUGCUAAUAAUGGAUUUGCUUUAAAAAAAUCAUUGUAUAACAUAUCCUAAACUGGAUUUAAAAUGAGUACUGUUAACAUUCUAAUGAGAAGGAAUUGGGGUUCUUGUGCUCCUUCCAUUCACUUAACAACAGUAGCCAUGUUUUUAAGAAUUAAGUCAAUCUCCAAAAGACACAUUUAACUCUUAAAGAUCUUAAAUCAUAAUAAGCAUUCAGGGAACCAUAAACUGAUUUUGUCACAUUGUUUUAUGUGAUAUUCAAAUGCACCUUUGAUUAAAAACAGCUGGUGUUCACCAUACCAGAGCAAACAUUUAACAACUCUGCUCUCGUUGUAAAUAUGAGUUAUCAUCCAAAGAAGGUUUAUUGAAGUAAAAUAUCUACCAUGAAAAAAAAAAUCACAGUGGCAAAAGAGUAUAUGAAUCAAUUGUUUAGUUAUAAAUUUACACUGUAAUUGAAUGCUCUACUAGUUAAUUAUCCCAAAGAGAAGAUCAAAUGCAAAUAACUUUUACUGCACUUCUUUCAUGUAUAUUUAGUUGCAUCAUGUAUUGUGGACUCUAUGUCAAUAAUCACAUAGGCAUCUUAAGAUCUGUGACAAAAGUGCUUACAAACAUUAUUUAAGAGGGGCAGAUUUCAUUGCAAAAGCAUGUACUUUCUAGAACUCAAAAAGUAACAGGUACAAUAUUAAUCUUGGUAUGGAAAAAAAGGAUUUUUAACAAUUUGUGCACAUAUGAACUGCCUAUAAAUCAGACCAGGUAAUCCUCAAUUUAUGACCACAAUUGAGCCAAAAAAUUAUGUUGUUACAUGAGACAUUUGUUAAGAAAGUUUUGACUCACUUUAUGAUCUUUCUUGCCAUAGUUGUUAAGUGAAUCACUGCAGUUGAUAAGUUAGCAACAUGGUUGUUAAGUGAACCUGGUUUCCCCAUUGACUUUACUAGUCAGAAGGUCACGAAAAGUGAUUACAUGGCCUUGGGACACAAUCAUAAAUAUGAACCAGUUGCCAAUGAAUUUUGAUCACAUGAGCAUGGAGAUGCUGCCGUAACUGCGAAAAACAGUCAUAAGUCACAUUUUUCAGUGCUGUUAUAACUUUGAAUGGACACUAUAUGAGCUGUUGUAAGUCGAGGACUACCUGUAUUAGGCUAUGUAACUCGGUAUUGACUAUUAUAAUGGGCAGCAAUUUCCAGGAUUUUCCAAAUUAAGUGUCAUCUUUCUUCAUUCACUUGUAUGAAAUGUUUUUAAAACUAGAUAUGCUGGUGCCUGAAUUUAUGUAUGUAAAGAUGUGCUCUAAUAUUGGGCUUUUAUUACAUUCAAUACCAUCAAUUCAUUAUUCAACUCUUCAGUUACUUUCAGCCUAUUUUGAAAAAAUUCUCUUUACUGAAGAUCAUUAUAUUUAGCCUGAUACUGGAUAAUAUAAAAGCUGCAUCAUUGAUUCAAGCAUGUGAAUAGUCACAUUAUGCUACUUUAAAACAGCUGAAAAGCAUACAUGCUUUUGAACUAUCCCUAUCACCAUUCUUGAGCUGAGUACAAUCCAUGCUAUCACUGUGUUUACUUAAAACAAACAGAUGUGUUAGGCAUUGUGCAGAACCCAAAGUAGGGCAUUUUCACUACAUCAGAGGAACUAAUGGAGAAUUUGUGACUGCCCAAAUGUUGGAUUCCAAUUUUUAUUAACCUGAAUUAAUUAGGCUAAUGAUGUUAUAGUGCAGGGGUGUCAAACUGAAGGCCCAUGGGCCAGAUCUGACCUGUGGGGUGCUUAAAUCUAGCCCUUGGGGCUAACCUGGAGUUACCAAAGGACUGGUCUGUGAUGUCUCUGGCAGCCAAAAUGGGGCAUAGGGGCUGCAUGUCCCCCCGUGCCUUGAUUUGGCUGGCAGAGUGCUGCAGGAGACCAUACAGGCUGAAAGGGGGACAUGCAGCCGCAAUAUGUCAGUCACACUGUUGUUGAGCAAGAAUUAAGGAAAAUAUGGUCAAGUUGUAUACUUAUAUAAAGAAUGCAAACACAAGCAUUGUCCUCUGAUAAUAUAAACAUGAUAGCAUGAACAGGCCCUGCAUAUAGCUUUUAUUUUUUUUCCCCUCUAGUUAAAAGGAAAAUCACUUUCCUGGAACUCUAGGCUAAUUUUAAAUUAUUUGAUUUUGUUUAAACAACUGCGAGGUUAGUUGUUUUCUUGUCAUUGGAACAGAUAAGUUUUGGCAGCAGUCCACCUGAUAGCACCAUUGUGCAUUCUCCAUUUGUUUCAAAUGUGGUAGUUAGCUUAAGCCAGCAAAAGUAUGUAAGACAAAAGUAUAGCCCAUUGCAAACUUUCAUUUUGUAAUUCCAACCUAAUACUUGCUCUCCAUGCAAAGAAUAAUCUGUAACCAGGCAUCUGGUAAUUGUAGUACUACAACAUCAUGGAAAACAAAGUUCAGAAUGUGUGAUGUGUGUUUUUUUAGCACUGAGCGAAUAUGCCAGAGCAGAGGUAUGAACUUAGUCAGAUUGCUAAUAGUAUGAGCAAAGUAAGGAAACCCCGGUGAUAUAGCUGUUUAAUCCUGGAGCAGAACACUGGGUUCUGAUGUUGUAAAACAGAAACUGAAUGAAAACUGCCCUUCAGCAAAAGAAAAAAAAAUGAGACUGCAACUUUAAAUGAAAAAAAAAAUCUUGCACUGAAAAAUAUAUUUAAGAAUUAUAUGUUUAUAAAGUUAUUAAUUUGUAAAGGCAGUGUUACAAAAUGUUCAGUUUAUAUUGUUUUAGAUUGUUUCAUAAUUUUGAAAGUGUAAAAUAACAUAUUUUUUCUUUAUCAAAAAAAAAACCUAUAAAAUUUCUUCUGUAGUAAAAUGAUUUCAUUUUACUGGUAUAUGAUUGCUUCAUGUUUUGUAUCAUUAUAAAUUUUGUGCAAAUUUUUUUACAGAAAUUUUUUAUUUUCUAUGACAAUAUGACACUUUUAAAUUGUUAUUUCAAAAUGAACAGCAAAGCCUUAACUUUAAAUGACGUUUGUAUUCUCGGACACUGAGUAGCAUUAAAAAAAAAAGGAUUGAAUUGUAAUUUAAAUUUGCAGACAAUGACUACUACAUUCCAAAGAAACAGUUGAAUUAAACAUUUUCAUAAAAU